CGCCGCCACGCCUGGUUUUUGGCUGUAGUCUGGAGCGGGUCUAACUUAGUGAAGCGGGCUCAUCUCGGAGCUCGCGCCUCCGGUGGCGUCGCGGUCCUGGGUGAGCAACAACAGACCAGUGCCAUGAUCCGACAGGACCUCUCCACAUCCUACCAGGAGCUCAGCGAAGAGUUGGACCAGGUCGUUGAGAACUCAGAGCAGGCCGACGCGCGAGACAAGGAGCUGGUCCAAGUCCAAGGUCCAGGUGUCUUGCCAGGUGUGGACAGCGAGUCUGCCUCCAGCAGCAUCCGCUUCAGCAAGGCCUGCCUGAAGAACGUCUUCUCAGUUCUGCUCAUUCUCAUCUACCUGCUGCUCAUGGCGGUGGCCGUCUUCCUGGUCUACCAGACCAUCACAGACUUCCGGGAGAAGCUCAAGCACCCUGUCAUGUCUGUGUCUUACAAGGAGGUGGAUCGCUACGAUGCUCCAGGGAUUGCCCUGUACCCUGGUCAGGCUCAGCUGCUCAGCUGUAAGCACCACUAUGAGGUCAUUCCACCUCUUACCAGCCCUGGCCAGCCAGGAGACAGGAACUGCACCGCGCAGAGGAUCAAUUACACCCACCCCUUCUCCAAUCACACCAUGCAGUCCGCCCUCAUCGUCCAGGGGCCCCAGGAAGUGAAGAAGCGGGAGCUGGUAUUCCUCCAGUUCCGCCUGAACCAGAGCGACGAGGACUUCAGUGCCAUCGACUAUCUCCUCUUCUCCUCCUUCCGGGAGUUCAUGCAAAGCCCGGACAAGGCGGGCUUCAUGCAGGCCUGUGAGAGUGCCUACUCCAGCUGGAAGUUCUCCGGAGGCUUCCGCACCUGGGUCAAGAUGUCACUGGUGAAGACCAAAGAGGAGGACGGGCGAGAAGCUGUUGAGUUCCGCCAAGAGACCAGCGUGGUUAAUUACAUUGACCAGAGGCCUGCCGCUGACAGGAGCACUCAGUUGUUCUUUGUGGUCUUCGAGUGGAAAGAUCCCUUCAUCCAGAAGGUCCAGGAUAUAAUCACGGCCAACCCUUGGAACACCAUAGCCCUUCUCUGUGGGGCUUUCCUGGCGUUAUUUAAAGCAGCAGAGUUUGCCAAACUUAGUGUGAAAUGGAUGAUCAAAAUCAGGAAGCGAUACCUCAAAAGAAGAGGCCAGGCGACAAACCAUAUAAGCUGAGGUCCCCGAGCCCAGUGCUCUGGACUGCCAGAGCCUCACCCUCACGUUGACGAGCCACCAGCAAUCCUGAACUCACUUGAAAGGCUGUUGCAGCCUGCCACACUGGGUGGGCAAAGCUGGCCCAGGAAGAGGCUGUUCUGAGCCCAGAGGGAAGCACCCAGGAGAUAACCCGACACUUAUUUAAGUACUUAAAUUAUUAACGGAUUAUUUAGAGAACUGCAUAGUGUUUUGGAGAGGCUCGCAGAAGGCGGCUUCUUCCUGUUUGUUCAUUAAAUAGUGACGUUCCAGGUUAAGGCUCCUCCUUCACCUUAGUGGUUGGUUAGUUGGUUUGUUUUUCAAGUGGAUUGAUACGCGCUGUAUACAAAGUUCUUUUAUGCCAUCUACUGUUACUUAACAAGAACAUGUCAGAGCCUAGAUCAGGCUUUUCUUAAAUGUAGCCUUGGUGGAACCUCUG